GUACCACUGGAAAGUGACGUCGUCACGCUAACCUAACCUAGGUUUUUGUUUACAUUCAAAAACAUCAAAUAAAAUUAAAAAAAAAAACGACACCACGAUGACUGACCACCAAAACAACGAAGAUUCCCAAUACGAUCUAUAUUUGCAAGAAAUUGAAGGGAUUGAUGACUACUGGGGGCCGACUUUCAGAGCCAUUUACGACAAUGACCAGCACGUGAAAUUUAGAGACAAGUUAGAACAAAGGAUCAAACACCACGACAAAGACAUAGAGAGGCUGUGUAACGUUUACUAUCAAGGGUUUAUUGAAUCAAUCCGAGAACUACUAGAAGUGCGAACUCAAGCUAAAAUACUGAACGGUCAAGUGUCCACCCUCGACACUCAUUUACACCAAGCUGCCAAAAAUAUUUCUAAAUCGGGGACGGAGUUGCUGCAAGCACGCAAAGUCCAAAGUAAUAUUGCUGUAGUGAUUGCUCAGUUGAAUUUGUGUUUGCCGGUGUUGACGUCGUAUUCAAAAUUGAAGAAGCAAAUCGCGGAAAAACGGUAUUAUCCAGCGCUAAAAACCCUGGAGGAGUUGGAACAUCUGCACUUGCCACAUGUGGCUAAUUACAGGUUUUCGUCGCAGUUAAAAGAAUCUAUACCGAAGAUUAGAGACAGCAUUGAGAGAGCGUCAAUGUCGGAUUUAAAGGAUUUUCUUGAAAAUAUUAGAAAAUUUUCGCCAAAAAUUGGCGAAGUGGCCAUGAAACAUACUAGUGAACAAUUAGCAAGUGAUCCGACGGUUAUAGGACGUAAGAAAAAACGAGUGGCUCCACAACCAUCAGGCGACGGCCCUGGCCAAUUUUCAGAGGAAGAUCUGAGCGCCCAGGAACUCAUCGAUUUUUCCCCGAUUUACCGCAGCCUUCACAUUUCCACCGUACUUAACACCAGAUCCACUUUCGAAACUUACUAUAGAGCGGAAAGAACGAAACAAGCGCGUUUAGUCCUACAACCACCCACCAACAUGCACGAGUGUGAAGAGAGCUACCGCGCCUACAUUCACGCCGUUUUGGGCUUCUUCAUCCUCGAAGACCACGUCCUAAACACAGGCAACGGCCUCAUAACCCGCGCCUUCCUGGACGAAAUGUGGACCAUGGCCCUGUCAAAAAUCGUCAGCGCGCUCCAAACCCACUCAGCUUACUGCACAGACGCGACUUUAAUUCUGCGCAUCAAAGACUUAAUCAUGUUGUUCUGCACGACGUUGCGCAACUACGGGUACUCGGUGAAACCCCUGUGGGAGCUCGUGCGGGAACUACGCGACCACUACACCGAGGUUUUGAUGCAGAGAUGGGUCCAAGUGUUCCGCGAGAUUCUAUCAAAGGAGGAUUUUCAGCUGUUCCAGGUGGAUGACCACGAGGAGUACGAAAAUAUCUUGUCUUCGUUUCCUUUGGAUGAAGAUCUGCCGGAUGAUAUCGUCUUCCCGUAUAAGUUUCCGUUUUCAGGGAUGGUCCCCAAAGUGUACCAACAAGUGAAAGAGUUCAUCUACGCCUGUUUGAAGUUCUCUGAGGAUUUAAAUCUAAGUCAAGUGGAAGUGGACGAGAUGAUACGUAAAUCGAUGAAUUUGUUGCUGACGCGGACGUUCAGUGGGUGCUUGUCGUCGACGUUUCGCAGCCCGCAUAUCAACCUUCAGGAAAUUAUACAAAUUAUUAUCGAUACAGGGUUUCUAGAGGAGGCCACGGUUUAUCUAGAUCAGUUUAUUUCGAACAUCACGGGCGAGGAGUCUCGGGGUGUCUCCACUGGUGUUGUUCAAGGACAGCCAGCCAUGUUUCGGGUGGCUAGAGAAGACGCCGUUCGACAAAUCUGCGAAAAACUCAAACAAAAAUUGAACGAGUUCUACGAAUUGGAGAGUUAUGAUUGGUUAUUGGUUGAACCCCAAGGACACGCGUCGAGUUAUAUUUCAGAUUUGAUUGCUUUUCUUCAGACGACGUUUCAUAGUUUUACUAACUUGCCGCCGGAAGUGGCGCAAGUAGCGUGCAAAUCGGCCUGUGCCCAUAUAGCGAGUUCGAUGUUAGAGUUGUUGAUGAAUGAUGAAAUUAAACAAAUUUCGAUGGGGGCUUUGAACCAGAUUAACUUGGAUUUGUUGCAGUGUGAACUAUUCGCCGCUUCUGAGCCCGUCAAAGGACUCCAAGAAGACGUUUUGUUGUCGUACUUUACCAAAUUGAGGGAAACUCUAGACUUGUUUACGUCGUGGGAUUGGCCUACGUAUUUCCACGACUACGGACAAGAAACAAGUAAAUACAAACAGGUUAAUCCAGACACGGCCAUAGUUCUUCUAGAGAAGUUGCGGGAAGGCGACAAGAAAACCAUGUUCACAGUCCUCAAGAAAAGCGAACGAGACAAGAAAAAGCUUCUAGAAACCGUACUAAAGCAGUUGCGGCAGUUAACCCAAAUACCACCUAGUAAAUAAGUACAAUAUGUAACAAACCCAACUUGUAUUUAUCAAAAAUUGUUAGUAAUUAUAAAUCGAAACAUUUAUAAA